CGAGGAGCGUAAGAAUUUGACAUAAAAAUGUCAUAAAACACAGGCGGUGGUAUAAUUAAAAAAACAAAUAAAUGAAAGAGUAAAGGAAGAAAUAGAAGACCGACUCUCUUCCGUAUCAAGGAAGAAAUAGUUGGCGGCAGAAGGGGUGUUCUGAAUUCCGAUUACCCACCAGUCUAUCUAUCUUCACCGAUUGAUUUCGAAGAAGAUGAUGAAAUUCUCUCUGCAAUCCAAAAAGCCCUCUUCUUCUUCUUCUUCAAAACCUAAACCCAUUAUCAAACCCUCCGAAGAUGAAGAUGAACAAGAAGAACAUUCCAAGCACCACCAAGUUCAAUUCAUUACCGAAUUCGACGCCUCUUCCAAAACCACCCAACCCAAGAGAUCAAUUCCGGUAAUCGCUCCCAUCGAGAACGAAUGGAGACCUCACAAACGCAUGAAGAAUCUCGAACUACCGAUCUCCUCUUCCGCCGCCGCGCCGGCGCCACUCUCCUUCGAGGCCGCGGCACCUGACUCCCUCGAUGACAAGACUACCAUAUCCUACGGCCUCACUAUCCGCAACAACAACAAAGCCCCAAAUUCCGAAUCCAAUAGCGGCGGCGGCGGCGGCGGCGAGAAUGUCGACGAAGAAGAACUGCCGCCUCCGCCGCCGAGAUCUGAUAAUAAUAAUAAGGGUGUGGAGAACAUGUUGCUACAGAAGCUGAAGGAUGAUUUGAAGAGGUUACCUGAAGAUAAGGGUUUCCAAGAGUUUGAUGAUACGCCGGUUGAGGGUUUCGGCAAGGCUAUGCUCGCUGGAUAUGGAUGGAAAGAAGGUAGAGGGAUUGGGAAGAACGCUAAAGAGGACGUUGAAAUUGUUGUGCAGAAGAGACACACUGGGAAGCACGGGUUUGGGUUUGUGGAAAAGGUGGAUGAGCCAUUUAGGUUUUCUGUUGGGAAAAAUGUCAGAGUAAUUGCAGGGAGAGAUGUGGGUUUGAAGGGUCGAAUCGUUAAGGUAUUGGAGAGUAAGUCUGAGGUUGUUUUGGAGCUCUCAAAGAGUGAAGAGAAAGUGCAAGUUCGAGUCGAACAUCUUACUGAAUUGGGGUCUAAAGAAGAGGAGAUUUGCUUGAACAAAUUGAGAGAAGCAGCAUCAAAGUCGAAAAAGAGGAAGAUGGAGACAAUGACAAUGACAAUGACAACGACGACGACAAAGAGCACUAGCAUUAAGGCUUCUUGGCUUAAGAGUCACAUUCGGGUUAGGAUAAUUAGCAAGGAUUUGAAAGGGGGGAGAUUGUACUUGAAGAAAGGGGAGGUUGUGGAUGUAGUUGGACCGAGAACGUGUGAUGUAUCGAUGGAUGAGAGUAGGGAGUUAAUCCAAGGUGUGUCACAAGACUUUCUUGAGACUGCACUACCUCGCUGCGGGGGGCCUGUUUUGGUUUUGUGUGGUAAGCAUGAUGGUGUGUUUGGAAAUCUUGUUAGCAAGGAUUUGGAACAAGAAACUGCUGUGGUUCAGGAUGGCAAUAACCAUGAAUAUGUAAAUGUGCGGCUUGAUCAAAUUGCAGAGUAUAUCGGGGAUCCCACCUACCUCGGAUAUUGAUAUGUUAUUAAAUCUAAUACCUAUUCCUGCUGCUGUGGCUAACCGAAUUGAGAAACUUUAGAGGAAUUUCUUAUGGGGUGGCAUUGGUGACGAACCAAAAUUCUGUUUGGUUAAAUGGGCUACUGUCUGCACUCCCAUUUCUUUGGGUGGCUUGGGGAUAAGGAAGGUAAGACCUUUUAAUGAAGCUUUGCUUGGGAAGUGGCUAUGGAGAUUUGGGAUGGAGAGGGCUGCCCUUUGGAGGCAAGUGAUAGAGGUGAAAUAUGGCUGUGGAUGGGGUGGCUGGUGUACUAUGCCUGUUAACGGUCCAUAUGGUGUUGGCUUGUGGAAAAAUAUUAGUCAAGUGAAAUUUUGGCAAGACCGUUGGUGUGGUGAGACAUCUCUUGCAAUCAGCUAUUCUUUAUUGUUUAGAUUUUGCCGAGAGCAGGAGGUUAGUGUGGCUGAGCUUAUGAAGUUUGAUGAUGGAGUCCUGUUUUGGGAUGUAAGUUUCUUUAGGAGUGUGCAUGCUCAAGAAUUAGAGGCAUUGGCCGGUUUCAUGGAUACCAUA